AUGUGGAAACAAGACAUCGGUCAGUGGGUGGAACGCAAGGGGCGCCGCGGUUGGGUUAAGCAGCAGCAACAACAACAACAAUCCACCGCGCCAACGUUGCCUGUGAGGCAUGCCUGCUUCCUCCCCGAAGGGUUUGAGGAUCGAUGUGAGGAUGUGACGCUUAUGCCCGACGUAGCGGCAAACACCGUGCACUUGAAUGAUGACAACAACAAAAACAACAAUGGCGCGGUCCUCUCACCUGCAGGAGAACGCUGGGUUGCCGUUUAUGGUGCCUCACCAGAGAGCAUUAUGAACGUGCGAGAAUUCCUUGACGUCAUGUUUGGUCGGACCGUGUCGCACUAUUAUCCCUUGGCAUAUGCAUCCUCAGGAAGCAGUGAAUUAACGCCUAUUCUGGCGGGGGGUCAGAAUUGGUUCUACGUGAAGUUUGAGGAUCCGGUUUCGGCGGCUCGGGCUGUGUAUCAAAGUCCUCUUACCAUUUCUAUGGCUGGUGGCCAUGGAAACACUUCAGCGGCGGUAGAUCAGAGUAGGGGUGCUGUUGGUCCCGCAGCGAGGGAAGAGGUGGUCGGGGUGACGUGGUGCACGGAUGCACGGUUUCUGCAGAAGGAACGCGAGACAGAGCAGAAGCGAAGCGAGACGCAACACCUCAGCGGCGUUUCCACUGAAACCUACUGCAAUCGUCUGCAGAGAACGAUGGGUGACAUUAAGAAUACGUCGGGUGUGACGCCGCGUGGAGCAGAACGUCUGCAUCGCACACCUCCUCCUUCACAUAGAGAGACAAGAAGUGGGGGACGACUUUCACGUGGCUUAGGAACCCUCCUGUAUGAUGCGCUUCGAUCGCCUUGGCACGGGCGAUGGACGGGAACCCAGUCCCGUGAUGGCUCGUCCCCACGUAUGGGUGCCAGCACGUCGUCCGGCUCUCUCACAUCUUCCUCACCGACCCACACGGAGGUGUUUCAUGAGGAGCCUGGGGCGGCUGGCGGCAGGGGCCUAUCGCGGCGGUGUGCCAACCAGGAGGUGGGGGCGGGGCGCAACGACGGCGGUGAGACGUUGGCCCCAACGGGGGAUAUCACUGUCCCGUCGUGCCUCUAUUCACGAAGAGGGCGGUGCCACCACUACGAUGCUGCACGUCAGCUUCACGGCGUCAUACCCGUUCGUCCACUUCGCGGUAAUGAGUCGGUGCUGAGCGUGUUUCGCGCCGACGCCGCGGAACGUAGGUUGAUACGACGAGUUUUUCUUGCCCUUGCACGCCUGCCCUCACGCAUCUCGCGCCUCCUGGUUUCCCCGGCAUUGUGGCAUGAGAACCCAGACGAGGCUGCAGCUGCUGCGGACGACAGCCAGUGGCUAUCGAUGUUCGGGGGUUUUGUUGUGGAUCGGCGGAGCGGCCAACAGCGGCAGCUCUUACGCAAUCGUCAUUACAACGCCGCCGCCCGGUUCAUCGGCGUGAACGGGGGCUACGGAGAGACCCCUGUGAUUGCUGCAUGGACCCCGUACCGCUGGUAUGAACGCAGUAGCGUGGUUUCUCUGGUGCUCUGCCUGUUUCUCUUUAUUGUCGUGUUUUUCUCAGGCCUUUGGGGUGAUGGGGCCGCCGUCGUUGACGUUGCAACCGCUGGGCGUUGGAGCAACGACACCGCCGCUGCCUCUGCCAUGGUCCUCGACACCACGUACGACGGCAGCAAGUACGCGGCCCCACGCCUGGGGGAUGGGCAGCUGCAAGGCACCAUGUUUGCAGAUGGCAUCUACGCCAGUGAUAGAUAUACCGCACGAACCCUGUAA